AUGAUUGAUGAGGAAUUAUUGAAGGAUGAGGAAAUAAUUUUGGAUUUUGCGAAUUAUAAUUUGAAAAAUUGUUCAAGGUUUAAUAGAGGUUCAAUAUUGAGUGAUUUAUUGAAUGGAGAAAGGAGAGAUGUUGGAUUAAAGUUUUUAGCAAUGCAUUAUGAAGAAUAUAGACAGUUUACAGAUGAAUACGGGUUUUCAUCGGAUGAUAUUAUGUUCAUGGUGAAACAAAAUGGAUUAAUUCUUGAAAUAUUUACAAAUCAUCGUUCGUGUAGAGAUAUUGUGAGAGAGGCAGUUCAGCAAAAUCCAUCAGUUUUGGAUUUAAUGUGUAACAACUAUAUUUCUAAGGAGGUAUUUUUGGAAGGAGAGUAUAUUAAUAUCCAAAAUCCAUCCCAAACCAGUUUUUGGAUAUAG